AUGGAAAGAACCUAUUCUGAGCCAAGAAAGUGGAUACGAGGAAAGGGGAUGAUCACUAUCUGGUGUGGCUGCUGCUACUACUUCACCAACGAUAGACAAGGAAAUCCUCCUGGGAUUCUCAGACACGAUCAGGUGGAACAACUACCUCUAAUGAUAAAAUGGAUGAUUAAAAGAAUGGUUAGAUGGAGUAUAUUGGCAAUCCCUAACAGCUGCAUCAUCAACAUAUACGAUGAAGAAGAUUGCAUACCUCUGCAUAUUGAUCAUCAUAACUUAUUGAGACUUUUCUACAUGGUCUCAUUCAUGAGAAAAAUCAACAUUCUGUUUGGACAAGAAAUAGAUGUUUUCGGACCUGGUGAAUUCAGAGGAUCUGUAGAAAUUCUGCUACCUGUUGGUUUAGUGCUAGUCCUUAAAGGGAACGGAACAGACGUUGCCAAGCAUUGUAUUCCAGGGGUGUGA